AUGGUUAACACUGAUGAUACUUCUUCACCUUCACAAAACCAAUCCGUCCGAGAAAAACAACCCCUACACCCAGCCUAUACGGUCACCAACAUAAACAAUAAGAUCCGCACCCUAUACGGCAAGAAAGUAACCUACUCAUCCUGGGUUAAGCUUUUCAAACUUCAUGUUCGUGCCUAUAAAGUUCUUCAUCACAUUGACGGUACCAACCCAUCCACUAAAACCGACACAAACUACUCCGCCUGGUCCAAACUUGAUGCCCUCAUCCUACAAGGGAUAUACAACACUUUAUCCAAUGAGUUACUUGCCCGUGUUCUGAACACAAAUAUUAUAGCCCGAGCCGCCUGGUUGCAAAUACAAGAAAUCUUUAUCAACAACAAACACGCUCGCGCCGUUACCCUUGAAACUAAAUUCACCAACACUACACUCUCCUCCUGCUCCUCAUUCGAUGAUUAUUGUCAAACAUUGAAAGACAUAGCUGAGCAAUUACGCGAUGUGGACCAACCGGUUAAUGACAACCGACUCGUUAUUUAA